UUACAGCUGAUUAUCGCGACAUCCGCUGCCUCCAUCAUCAAUACAACACCGACUGCGACUAUUAUCGGGAAAAAAAAACAUCCACUGACAACAUUGCAUUAUCCUUCAGAACCGACCGGAACGGGGCCAAGGCUAUUUUUAACGAACAAACGGCUGUUACGAUCAUCGUGUCUCGAAACCAACAGUGGUGCUGAAAACAUGUGUGUGCCUCCAGUACCUCCUUUAGCCCUUGAUGACCCACACUGCUUCCCAGUGUGUGAGGCUGAGUGACUCUCUGUCCCCUCUAACCCCUCACCCCUGACCCCCCAUCAUGGGCAGUGUGGGUAGUGGAGUGGCAGGGGAGCAGGAGUUUGCCAUGAAGUCCGUGGGCACUAGGACCACCCUGCCUCGCGCUCCGCCCCUGUCUCGCCGUUGCCCCGCCGACCGUAGCUGCAGCGCCGAACGACUCCCCCCACUCCCAGCGACAGCCUCCGAGGGAACCGCGCCUAGUGAAGAACGAGAAAGUAUUAGUAUUGGGACCGUAACUGGGAAAGACCGGCCCCCGGACUCUGACACAGACCGUACGGCUACAACUGCAUCCAACUGUGACCGGGGGGAUACAGGGGUGGGAUACGGAAAUGGAGUAGGAAGGAGGGAGAGUGGAGAGAGGGAGAGUGGAGGGAGGGAAAGGGAGAGUAGAGAGAAGGAUAGGGAGAGUAGAGAGUGGGAGAAAGAGAGGAAGAGAGAAAGGGAGUGGGAGAGGGAAAGAGAAAAGGAGAAGGCAGAAAGAGAUAGAGACAGGGUAGAGAGGGAGAGGGAUAGAGAGCGGGAGAGAGAGAGGGUAGAGAGGACGAGAGAGAGGGUUGAGAGAGCGAGGGAAAGAGAGCCACGAGGAGGGGUUGUGAGUCUGGAUGUAUGCAGUAACUUGGUGGGACUGGGGGGAAAUGAUAUUGGUACUGGGAUGACCCCCCACCAACAAAGAGACACUGGAGGGACCAAAACAGACCAUCACAACAACCCUCGAAACCACAACCCACCCAAAAUCCUGCCUGUCUCUGGCAAACUAGAGCAGAACAACUCCGGGCUGGUUCGUCCUUCUGCCUUCAAACCAGUGGUUCCCAAAAGCUUUCAUUCCAUGCAGAACCUCGUAGGCCAAACCAGUAGUGGUGAGGGUAGGGGUGCGGGGGGGCGUAGAGAAGGAGGAGCAGGGGGAGGAGAACCAGGGGCAGUUCCAGAGGCCCUCCUUCUAGACCAGGACAGCCCAGGAAGAGGCAGCUUCCGGUCAGAGGGAGCAGGAGGGGGUGAGGGUAAAGGAGGGGUCCAGGGGGGGAUGUCAGAUUCGGGGAGAAACUCCUUGACCAGCCUGCCCACCUACACAGGCUCUGGGUCGGGCUAUGUGCCCCCAGCGGCCCUGGGUACUCUUAGUGCUUCUACCAGCCAUAUCAACAGACUGGGGACCACAGGUGGAGCUGCAGUGGCUCAGGACAAGCUGGAGAAACCAGGCUACCAGAAUGGGCUGAGUACCUCGGACAGUGGCCACUCCUCUUCAGGAAAGAGCUCCUCAUCCUAUCAGAGGCUGAGCCACCUGGGGGACACCCCAGCACCCCUUCGCCCCUCGCCUUCCUCUGAUGACGUCAUCCAAGACCUGGAGGACCGGCUCUGGGAGAAGGAACAAGAGGUGCAGCACAUGCAUCGUAACUUGGACCAGAGCGAGGCAGCCAUCGUCCAGGUUUUUGAGGAGAAGCAGCGCGUGUGGGAGAGACAGAUGGAAGAGCUGAGACAGAACUAUGCCUCCCGCCUGCAGCAGGUGACGCGCCGCGCCCAGCGCUCCCAGAAUGCCCUGCAGGCCCAGAUCACCCGUCUGUCGCAGGACAAGCGGCGCCUGCAGGAGGAGAUGCCUGCCUUGCUGGCCCAGAGAGAAGAGCUGGAGAGGAAGUGUUUGGACUUCAGGAAGGAACAGGCCGACAUACUGCCACGCCUGGAGGAGACCAAGUGGGAGGUAUGUCAGAAAGCGGGGGAGAUCUCCCUGCUGAAGCAGCAGCUGAGGGAGAGCCAGGUGGAGGUGACCCAGCGGGCGGGAGAGAUGGUGGCCCUCAGGGGUCAGCUGAAAGAGGCCAACGCUCAGCUGAGAGACCGGGAGGAGGUCAUGCUGGGCCUCAAGGACUCCUACACCAACAAGAGCCUGGAGCUGGAGCGCUGCCAGGGAGAGCUAAGAAGGACGCUGACUGAGGUGUCUAUCCUGAGGGAGAAGCUGGGUGUGUUUGAGGCGGAGGUUCUGGGUCUUAAACGAACUCUGGGGGAGCUGGGCGGAGCGGUUGAUCCUGCCAUAACCCAAACCCUAGCAGCAGGAAGGCUACUCCCCCCCUGGGGGGCUCUCUACUGCCUCCGCACCCCCACUGAGCCCUCAUCCACCCCCCUUACCCACACCUCAGAUGCCCUGCUCAGCUUUCAGAGUGAUGAGGCAAAAGCCCAGAGGCAAGAGACACAGAGACAGGAGAGGCAGCAGCGUGAAGAGGCCCAGUGGUGUGACAUGCAGCCACGCCAGGAGGCCCAUCUCCAUCAGGAAUCCCAACUGCGUAAGGAAGCUCAACUUCGUCAGGAAGCCUACUUGCGUCAGGAGGCCCAGCAGCAGCAGCGCCAGGAGGCCCAGUGGGAGGAGUCAGGGAACCUGCGUGAGCAGCUGGAACAGCUCCAGGGGGCCUUACGUCUAGAACGUCAGCAGAGAGAGAUCCAGGCCCAAAGUUUUGACCAGGAGCGGCACACCUGGAUUGACGAGAAGGAGCGUGUGCUGAAAUACCAGGCGCAGCUUCAGGUCAGCUAUGUGGAGACUCUACAGAAAAACCAGGCUCUAGAGCAACAGGUGGGACAGCUGGGGACCAAACUUACCCCCUCCCCCUCAUCUUCCAUCUCCCCUCCCCCACCACCAGCACUGUCAACCCUCCCUCCCCUGCCCUCAGUCCCUCUCCCAGCCCCCAUUGCACUCACCCUCUCACCCCCGCACUGUGAGGACCAGAAAGGCCCCCUUCCCUCCUCCAGCUGCCCCCACCCUGGGCAGGUCCCUCACGCCUGGAGAGGAUAGAGUCCACUGAGAUUUAGAGAGGCUCCAUUCCACUGAAUAUCAACUUGAUUACAAACAACAAAAGACAUAUUAAGCUACAAAACAGAACUGCAACGCAAACUGUACCAUUGAAUAUUGUACAGUUAAAACAACCAAUGCAAACUGAACAGCAGAGAACAAUACAAUAGAGUUUAGACUAUGAACACAAACUAUAAUUGAUUACAAUACAGUAUUAAAGAAAACAACAGAAAAACUAAAUCAACGGCUACAUUAUAGAAUGCAAUAUAAACUACAUUACAAGCAAAGUACACUAUAUCUGAAUAUUAAAACUAAACUACUCAAUCCUGUCAAUGAUAGAGUAUCCAUUGCUUACCAGGCAGUCUUGGUGGGAAGCAGUGACAUUCAAAUGGAAGCAAGAUUGGCACCAAAAGUUCCAAGAUGAUAACAUUCUAGUUUGAAUGCAAAUAAUCAUGUUAUUGUUCUGGAAGGCUUGGUACCAACCUGGGGGGUAGAUUGCCAAACUGCAUGUCUAUGAUAAUGGGACAUGAAGUCGGGGAAACCAGAAUCAUAUUAUAGAGGAUAAUCAGGGGCGAUGUUUUGCAGAAUGUGCUUGUCUUUUCCAUUUCUGGGACGAUGUUUCUCUCAGAAGGUGUGUGAGAGGAUUGUGAUGAGAAAGUGGAUGUGUCGGAAAGUGAAAAUUGGGGAUGAAAAAUCAAAAGUGUUUUUUAAUAGGAGGAAAUUAGGAGAAUAGUAGUAUAGUUGAUUGGUAGUUGUUUGGUUGGUUCCAUUUCAGCUCAUUUCCUGAAGUGGCUUGAGAUUAAAUUUAGUCGAACUCUGAAUGAUUCUUAAUGUAGAUUCAGGGAUAUUGGAGAACCUCCCACUAGGCACAGAUGUCAUUUCAACGUCUCUUCGACAUUGGUUCUUCGUCAUUUCAUUGAAAUGAUGUGGAAACAACAUUGAUUAGACCAGUAUGUGCCCAGUGGGCUGGCUCUCUGGCACUACAAACUGUCCGUGGUGACUAAAGAUGAACACAAGGGGUCAGCAUUGAGCUGUGUCAGAGCUCCCCACCAGCAGAGAAAAUUACUUGAAAAUUACUGUUUAUUCCGGGGUCUGCGAAAGAGACACGGAAACACACUGGCUUUACUCGGAUAGUGUCAUUAUUUAUACUUUCAGAUCAUGCUUUUAUGACCAAGAGUGGGAGGAGAGGAGAAGACCAAGUGACAAGAGUGAGCAGAAAGAAUGAGGUGAAAAAAGUGAGGACGGAGCUGAAACUGCCUUCAUAUGUGAAAAUAGGAGGCAAGUGAGAGUACAAUAGUGAAAGAAUGAGAGGCUUGGUCCAGAGAAAGACUGAAUUAACUUUCACCAGCCCUUUCAAAUCGGCAAGGGUGCAAGUUUUCAAAAUGGGAUGCAUCCCAAAGGAAGACAUUGCCUUCCCGAGGUAGAGUUCAGACUUACUGCACUUUGUCCUAUUGAGGAGAUCAGACCGGAAGUAGACUCGAUUAGAUGUGAAUAGUAUGGCUUUUAUGUGUUCAAGUUUAUUCCAGCAUACCAAGACACUGCGUGUGAAUAUUUAAAGAGAUCAAAUUAUUACUAUUACAAUUGUUAUUAUUAUUCUUGUGAAUCGGACAAGUAUUAUAAGCUUUUCUUGAAUGUUUCUUAACUGUAUAUGAAUGCUAGUUUAGAUCUACUACAUGGUUCAACCAUAUUGUAAGAAUAUGUCAAACAUCAACUACUAACAAUAUCAACUAUAUCCAAAGCCAUUGUUAGUUUCUUUUUUCUUGUUGGUGAUGUCAACGUAAUUACUGUAUUGUUUUAGAGAGGAAAUUGCCACCAAUGUUUUUGUACUUAUUUUAACGGUUUGAAUUUAUGUUACUGCAAUGGCUUGAUGAAGAUCACUCCUGGGUCAAAUCAAACGGAAUCAAUAAAGAUGCAAGUAAACAAACAUGACUUCAUUUCCAAUAAGGUGAUUAUACACAGUGUACAAAACAUUAGGAACACCUUCCUAAUAUUAGGUUACACCCUCUUUGCCCUCAGAACAGCCUCAAUUCGUCGGGGCAUGGCCUGACUCUACAAGGUGUCGAAAGCGUUCCACAGGGAUGCUGGCCCAUGUUGACUCCAAUGCUUCCAACAGUUGUGUCAAGUUGGCUGGAUGUCCUUUGAGUGGUGGACCAACAGUGGUGUCAAGUUGGCUGGACGGUGGACCAUUCUAGAUACACAAGGGAAUGUGAAAAACCCAGCAGCGUUGCAGUUCUUGACACGUUCAAACCGGUGCACCUGGCACCGACUACAAUAUGAUCUUGUUGCCAUCUGAUGCACAUUCAGAUGUCAUAAAACAGCACUGCAGAGCUCUACCUGUCCUCUGCCGUGCCCUGAUUGUAUUACCGUUGAUGAAAUCUGAAAAUGUGCAUGUACACCCUGGCCCAUCUACUGUUGCUAGCCCAAAUUCUGACUUGUGCUCUGAUAUCUGGUUCACUGAUUUCUGCUCUCAUAAAAGCCUGGGUUUUCUGCACACGAACACUAGAAGCUUAUUACCUAAAAUGGAUCAAUUGGGUUCACAGCUCCAAUCCAGAUGUGUUGGUCAUUGCUGAGACGUGGUUAAGAAAGAGUGUUUUGAAUACUGAUGUUAACCUUUCUGGUUAUAACCUUUCUCGGCAAAACAGAUCAUCCAAAGGUUGGGGAGUGGCAAUCUUUACCAAGGAUCACCUUCAGUGCUCGGUUGUCCCCACCAAGUCUGUCCCCAAACUAUUUGAUUUGCUGGUUUUAAGCAUUAAACUUUCAAAUAACUCUUUGUUGACUGUUGCUGGGUGCUAUAUUCCUCCAUCAGCACCGGCCUGUACCCUACCUGUACCCUACCUGUACCCUACCUGCCCUAAGCUCUCUCCAGGCCCCUUACACUAAGUCUGAAUUUGUCCUGCUAGGUUACCUAAACUGUUACAUGCUUAAACCACCUGUUCUAAAGCAAUGGGACUCCCUAAAUCUUUCUCAGAUUAUCACCAAUCCCACAAGGUAUGACUCCAAACACCCAGAAAAAGCUACUCUCCUCGAUGUUAUCCUCACAAAUAAUCCUGAUAGGUAUCAGUCUGGUGUUUUCUGUAAUGACCUCAGUGAUCACUGUUUUACAGUCUGUGUUUGUAAUAGCUGCGCAGUGAAACGACCUGUCCUGAUUUGUCAUAGACGCUUGCUAAAAAACUUUAAUGAGCAAGCCUUCCUUCUUGACCUGGCCUCUGUAAAAUAGUAUAGAAUCAGCUUGAUCCCCUCUGUCGAAGACACUUGGACCUUCUUUUUCUAUAUUUUCAGUUGUAUUGUUAACAAACACGCCCUCAUAAAGAAAAGGAGAAUUAAAAGCAGGUUCAACCCCUGGUUCGAUCGUGAUCUUGCAGAGUUACUCCACCUCAAGAAUUGCAUUUGGCGAAAGGCUCGGCACACGCAUAUUCAAGCUGACUUGCUAUCGUUCAGGCAAAUGAAAAAUAAGUGCACUCAGGCUAUCCGGAAUGCCAAAGUAAGUUACUUUAAGGAGCAGUUCGCUCUCUGUGGGUCUAACCCUAAGAAGUUCUGGAAAACGGUUAAAGACCUGGAGAAUAAACCCUCCUCCUCACAGCUGCCCAUGUCCCUUAAUGUUGAUGAUGUGGUUAUUACUGACAAGAAGAACAUGGCUGAGCUCUUUAAUCACCAUUUCAUUAAGUCAGGAUUUCUAUUUGACUCAGCCAUUCCUCCUUGCCCGUCCAACAUUUCCUCAUCUCCCACCCCUUCUAAUGCGACUAUCCCCGAUGCUAUUCCAUAAUUUCCCCUGCCCCGCAACAAGGUUUCUCCCUGCAGUCACUGAGUCCGAGGUGCUAAAGGAGCUCCUUAAACUUGACCCCCCCAAAAAAAUCUGGGUCAGAUGGUUUAGACCCUUUCUUCUUUAAGGUUGCUGCCCCUAUCAUCGCCAAGCCUAUCUCCAACCUUUUUAACCUGUCUCUCCUUUCUGGGGAGGUUCCCAUUGCUUGGAAGGAAGCCACAGUUCAUUCUUUAUUAAAAGGGGGAGGUCAAGCUGAUCCUAACUGUUAUAGGCCUAUUUCUAUGUUGCCCUGUUUAUCAAAAGUGUUGGAAAAACAGUCAAUAAUCAACUGACUGGCUUUCUUGAUGUCUAUAGUAUUCUCUCGGGUAUGCAAUCUGGUUUCCACUCAGGUUAUGGAUGUGUCACUGCAACCUUAAAGGUCCUGAAUGAUGUCACCAUUGCCCUUGAUUCUAAGCAAUAUUGUGCCGCUAUUUAUAUUGACUUGGCCAAAGCUUUUGAUACGGUAGAUCAUUCCAUUCUUGUGGGUCGGCUAAGGGGUAUUGGUGUCUCUGAGGGGUCUUUGGCCUGGUUUACUAACUACCUCUCUCAAAGAGUGCAGUGUUUAACUGUGGCUGCCUCAGCCACUGCCUGUCACCAAGGGAGUACCCCAAGGCUCAAUCCUAGGCCCCACACUAUUCACAAUUUACAUCAACAACAUAGCUCAGGCAGUAGGAAGCUCUCUCAUCCAUUUAUAUGCAGAUGAUACAGUCUUGUACUCAGCUUGCCCCUCCCCAGAUUUUGUGUUAAAUGCUCUUCAACAAAGAUUUCUUAGUGUCCAACAAGCUAUCUCUACCCUUAACCUUGUUCUGAAUGCCCCUCUUCCCACAGGUGUUAUUACUACCUCUGAUGGUUUAGAGCUUGAGGUAGUCACCUCAUACAAGUACUUGGGAGUAUGGCUAGAUGGUGCACUGUCCUUCUCUCAGCACAUAUCAAAGAUACAGGCUAAAGUUAAAUCUAGUCUUGGUUUCCUCUAUUGUAAUCGCUCCUCUUUCACCCCAGCUGUCAAACUAACCCUGAUUCAGAUGACCAUCCUACCCAUGAUAGAUUACGGAGACAUAAUUUAUACAUCGGCUGGUAAGGGUGCUCUCGAGCGGCUAAUGUUCUUUACCAUUCGGCCAUCAGAUUUGCCACCAAUGCUCCUUAUAGGACACAUCACUGCACUCUAUACUCCUCUGUAAACUGGUCAUCUCUGUAUACCCGUCGCAAGACCCACUGGUUGAUGCCUAUUUAUAAAAUCCUCUUCGGACUCACUCUCCACUAUCUGAGAUAUCUACUGCAGCCCACAUCCUACACAUACAACACCUGUUCUGCCAGUCACAUUGUGUUAAAGGUCCCCAAAGCACACAUAUCCCUGGGUCACUCCUCUUUUCAGUUCGCUGCAGCUAGCGACUGGAAGGUGCUGCAACAAACACUCAAACUGGACAGUUUUAUUUCAAUUUCUUCAUUCAAAGACUCAAUCAUGGACACUCUUACUGACAGUUGUGGCUGCUUUGUGUGAUGUAUUGUUGUCUCUACCUUCUUGAACUGUGUGCUGUUGUCUGUGCCCAAUAAUGUUUGUACCAUGAUUUGUGCUGCAACCAUGUUGUCGCUACCAUGUUUCUGUCAUGUUGUGUUGCUACCAUGCUGUUGUCAUUGUCACGCCUUGGUCUUAGUAUUUUGUGUUUUCUUUAUUAUUUGGUCAGGCCAGGGUGUGACAUGGGUUUAUGUUGUUGUAUGUCGUAUUGGGGUUUUGUAUUAUUGGGAUUGCGGUUGAGUAGGGGUGUUGUAUAGGCUUGGCUGCCUGAGGCGGUUCUCAAUCAGAGUCAGGUGAUUCUCGUUGUCUCUGAUUGGGAACCGUAUUUAGGUAGCCGGGGUUUCGCUGUGUAUUUCGUGGGUGAUUGUUCCUGUCUCUGUGUAGUUUCACCAGAUAGGCUGUAAUUAGGUUUCACGUUCCGUUUGUUGUUUUGUAUUUUGUAUCGUUAUUUCAUGUGUCAUUUUUUCUAUUAAAGUCAUGAGUAACCACUA